CAUUCGGCACUUUCCAGAAUUCUUCUUUAAACAUUUAUGCUUGGGUAUCUUCAUUGUCAAAGUGAGGUAAAUCACUGGGCGAAACAUGGCUGGAAAUAGUUUUUUACUACAUCUUCUGCUCACUGCCUUUGUGGGACGGGCUGCUAAAGCACAGGACGAGACUUCUAUGGAUACGGGCAUCCAAACAGCCAAUCAGACUAUAGAUCCUCUGUUGAUUUCUGUGACAUCAGAGGGGCCUCCAACUUUGAGCACACCUGCAGAGGUGGAGGAGGACACUGUGCCGUCCACUGGCACCCGCUGCCGGGGUUACUAUGAUGUCAUGGGUCAGUGGGACCCUCCCUUUAAUUGUAAUGCAGGUAUAUUCUUGUACUGUUGCGGCACCUGUUUCUACCGGUUCUGCUGUCAGUUCCGUCAGCAGCGACUGGAUCAGACCUCCUGCUCCAACUAUGACACUCCAAUUUGGGCCAACACUGGAAAACCUGUGGCCACCAACACUGAGGUGCAGCCAGACCACGAGCGGGAUCGGACUCACAUGAUUGUGUACAUCAUCUGUGGCGUGGUGGCCAUCAUGGUCCUGGUGGGAAUCUUCACCAAACUGGGGCUGGAGAAGAGCCGUGGAGGCCAGAACGACCCCAGAAGCUCCAGGACUCUGCAGGAGUUGCUGAAGCAGCCAGGUGGGGAGCUGAGUCCUGUGGAUGGAGCUCUGAGCAGCACAACAUCUAUCGGAGCAAAUGGUAUCUCUGCCAGGAUGCUUCGCAGCCGCAGUGAGCAGUACCAUCUAAACAAUGCUGGCUUCUCUUUUGGCACAUCUGCCGGACUCUCUCAUCCUCAAAGCAACCUCAGUAUACAAGGCCUGGCGCUGAAUAAGUACAACUCUCUGAAAGCAGUUGCCGAUACUGCAAGCAGGGGCUACUACAAAAGUUAUCCACUAAUGGAUUUCUCUCAGCACCAUUCCCCUCCUGCAUCUUUCCAACCGAUGCAGAUGCAUCCAAAAGACAAGUCGUAUCUCCACCAGGUCCUCCCUUCCCAUGACAUCCAUUCCCCCCUUUCGAUCUCAAUCCCAACCAACCAGCUAGAGAGGACCCGCAUCCCAAAAACCACCACCCACCCUCAGCUUUCCAGCUCAGCCUUCCAAGCUUGGGAUUCUGGACAAAGGCAUGUCCACCGGCAGACCUCGCACCCAGGGCAGUCCACUCGCCGUCAGACCAACAGCAGCAGGAGACAGUACAGCGCAGAAACACUACCGGAGUUCCUCUCCCAGCCCACGGGCUAUGGGGGACAACCACUGUAUCAGCCACAUCCCAAACUUAAGGCCUACCAGACCAACAGCAAGAUGGAGGUCACUGUCUGAGGAAACAGGAAAGAAAGAAACAACAGUGCUGACUGUUACCAGUCUGUAUGCACCAAGACAAAUAUGAGGACUAUGUAGUCAUCCCUACUUUCUUUGCUAAACCCCUCUUGUCUAAAUUUAUAAAGUUUUUUAUGUGACCCACUUUUCUGAGUUCAUCUUUGGCCUCUGUGUCACUAACAACGAGGUGUGUGUUCACAUAGGAACACAAGAAUGGCGCCCGAAGCCACAUUAACUCAACGAGGACAAUGCCAUCAUCACGUCAGCCUAAAUCUAAGUCAUUAAAGGACAUUAUCCUGGCAAUCUUUUUGUAAACACAACCUCAGGAACAAUUAUGUGAAAAAAGACGCAAAACAAACUCAUUCUCCUGCCCGAGAAGAGGCACAGAGUAACACCCAGACGCCUGGUGUCACACUAGGAUUUAAGGAUAAGCUUUGCUGAGUGUGUUGAGGAUUUUGUGCUAAUGAAGAAAGUUUUUUUGAGUUUGAGCAAAUUUCACAAUUUUCCUCUCUGGCUUCGCAGUCUCAUUGUGAGAAAGUCACUCAUUAAAUCACUCAUUUGUUGAGAAAAACCAUAAGGCACGCCAAUCUGGUACCUGUGGAUUACAGUCACCUUUGCAUGAAAGAAUCAAGUUGUGCUGUGAGUAAAAAUGACACAAACUUGACGACAAAUCUGAUAAAGCACCAUGAAUCAUGUUUAUAUUGAAAAAGACCUCAAAGCUGAAAACGGUCUAGAUGCAUUUUCCUCUUUUUUAUUUAUCUAUAUGUUUAGAUCUUUUUUGGGCAUGCUCACUUUUCUUGGAGCAGGACUUAACAGGUAGCAAAGUGGGAGUGAAAGAAGGCUGGGAUUGAGAAAGGACCACAAGACAGGACUCUGGUCCCCCAACUGGAAAUGCACUACAUGUCGGAACGCUGUCCUGGAUGAUUUUUCUAUGGAAACAUAAGGGAGAAAGUCUUGUUUUUAUGAGUUUUUACAUUCAAACCACUCCAAUCAUGGAGUGAAGACAUCAUCAAACAUCUAACUUCCUCUUAUCUUCCUGUUUUUUUUAAUCUCUUGUUUGCUUUAAAGAGUCUGAUCUUCACUAUCUCCUUCGUUACUCAAGACCGCCUGACAAAAAGUGUCCAGUCCUCACUGUCAGGCAUUGCCUCAUUGUGUGAGGCUGAAGAAAUGAUGCCAGCAGCUCUGAGCAAUAAUGAAGCACAUAAUUAGCGUAAAACAAGCUAUGCAAUUGCAAAAAUAUCAGAUGAAUUUACCAUCCUUGAAAUCAAGAUCUCCAAAGCACUAGCUGCGCAGGCAAGCCUUGAAAUGUUUACCUUCUACUUGUCUGUCCUUCCUUUGACUUGGAUCAGUGAGUGAGUUACCAGAAUUUUUACCUCAGAAACCAUGUAUCCAUACACAAAGACAAGAUCUACUUCAGGACCAUAUAGCAAGUCUGAUAUUUUAGAAUCCAAGCUAAUUGUGUCCGUUAAUCAUCUGCAGUUGAACCUGGAGAUUCAAAUUCAAAUUCUGGUAUGACUAAAAUCCUCAGCUAGCGGGAUUGGGAAAUGUAAAAUCAAAUAGUGAUUACAGAACUCUUUUAGCAAGGAGGGGGAAUCACUGUCACUCCACAGAUACUGUCACUUGUUAAACUGCUGUAUAAAAGUUAUAUCACACUCACUGUCUGAAUAUCAGCACAGCUGUCAUUCAGACCAACAGCAAUCUUGCCUAGUGUGAUAUUCCUUAAAAGGUUAGUAUUAAAAUAUAUCUAUGUACUUAUAAGUGCUUCCUGUCUGUUCCUGUACUGGGUCCUGUUUUGCUUUUUUUCUUUUUUUACCCAGAUAUUCCUGUCAACUGGGCACUUCAGCUAUUUCUGUUGUCAAAUUUAUAUUAAGCAUAUUCAAUAUAUUUCUGUAUUCAUGUACAUUUAUUGUAUUAUUAAAUUAUAUGAGAAUUGUAUUUAAGAACUACACAGACGCUUUGUUAGGCAGUGUUUAAAUAUAUCUGAAAUAGGAGUGUUUGUAUAAGCUACUAUUUGUUACGUUGGUAAUGCCUGCAGAAUUGUGUAAAAACGGUGUUAGGUUAAUUAACUAGUCAUACAAGGGCUUUUAACAAUGAGUGGAGAAACAAAACAAGAAAAGGCUACCAAAAAUAUAUUUUGAAAGGCAAUUUAAAGUUUUAUAUUCACAUUGAAAAGGCCUAUGAGUGAACAGAACAACCAGUAAACUCCGAAAAAGUAAUGCUUAAAAUUGUGAAUUAGUUUUCAAAUGUGGUUUGUACCUCAAACAAUGUCUCUUUACAAAAUAAUA